AUGGAUACCGCCGUCGUGUUGGACCAGCUGCCUGUGCUCUCCACAGGCUCUCCAGGAGCCAUGUCCGCUGCCCCGCUCCCGACGGCCGAAGUGUCGGAACAUCCAGCCGACGAGGGCAUCAAAGAGCACCAGGCUCCCUCAGGGCAGAACGUGAAGGGCGACAAGGGGAUUAAGCCGAAGAAGAAGCGAGUCAUCACAGAGGCGAGAAAGGAACAGAACCGUAUCGCUCAGAGAGCUUUUCGCCAACGCCAGAAGGAGCUGGGACAGAGAGCCAAGGCCGAAGCUAAGAAUCAACCCGGCGUGAAAAAGCACCGGGAGCUCUUACCGCGCGGAGCUGACACCGGCAAACCCAUCACCAACCAUGGAUCGCGGCUCCAAGUGCCCUCAACCCCCUCAGAUGAGAUACCCCACGAGCCUCUGACGUCUGUAGGAUCGCAGGACAUCCUUGCCCUGCUACCCUCGCCGCCGGAUUCGACUUCACCGCUACCUCGGCCAUCUGAAACUGACCGUCAGCUGGAGGAGGCAUGGCACCAACUGGCCAUGCCUGACCCUCGAGCGAACACGCAAGAGUUCCUUGAAACUACAAUCUGCUCAGCCAUUCUUCACAAUGGCCUCUCACUUGGUUUCGACUUGGAAACCAUCGCCGACUGUAGUAUUGAAUGCAUGUCCCCAUUCUAUCGUCCCACCACCCCGCAAGACGAUCCGGUAGCUCUCUUGGCUUCCGCCAUCUCGCAUCUUGCUGUUGAGCCGCCAGUCUACCUGCGCCCAACUCUCGCCCAGGUCUUGAUUCCUCACCACGCUAGUCUCGAUCUCAUUCCCCUGCCAAAUUUGCGGGACAGAGCCAUCAUGCUCUCCGCAGCCAUGCCGACCGUCUUCAAUAUUUGGGAGCUCAAAGUCGACAUCUACGAACGCGGUGGGCUCGGCGUAUCCAAGGGGAAUGGCCGAGGCUGGCGCGCCAAUCAACCCUGGCAGAGAGAGAGCUGGGUUGCCGCGCCUUGGUUCCUCCGCAAAUGGAGCAUGUUUCUCGAAGAUGACAAGGAGCAAUUAUCAGCGCAUUCAAUUGGCCGCGUGGGCGAGAUCACAGGGGAUCACGUAGGAGAGUUCGUGAUUUGA